AUGGCUGAACAUAUCACCACGGAUGCACCCAUUGAGGUUGAUAGCUCAGAGACAGAUUCUGCCUUUGAAGGAAGCGUCGGGGAGUCUUUGAGUUAUCAGACAUCUAUCGCAUCCAGUGUUUUAAAUUAUAAAUACGAGAAUGGCCGCCGUUAUCAUUCCUAUAGGGAAGGCGAAUAUAUGCUACCUAAUGAUGACCAAGAGCAAGCCCGAAUGGACUUACUUCACCAUGUAUAUCGGAUGUUGCUGAAGGGAGAAUUACACUUUGCUCCUAUUACAAAAACCCCCCAGCGUGUCCUGGACCUGGGUACGGGAACCGGAAUUUGGGCCAUUGAUUUCGCAGACCAAUAUCCAUCUGCACAGGUCCUAGGCAAUGAUCUCAGUGCCAUCCAGCCACAAUGGACACCACCUAACUGUAGCUUCGAGAUUGACGAUUUCGAAGCAGAUUGGCCGUUCAACCGUCCAUUCGACUAUAUUCACGGACGUGAACUCGCGGGUUCCGUCAAGGAUUUCGACAAACUAUUUUCUCAAGCCUAUGCCAACUUGAAAUCGGGCGGCUACUUAGAGAUGCAGUCAUUUCGAAUAGAGAUUUUUUCUGACGAUGAUUCCCUAGACAAAGCCGUCUUUACCAAACAAUGGGUUGGAUUGCUACAAGAGGCUGCCAUCAAACAUGGCAAACCGAUGGCCAACAUGGAUGAGUGGCCGGACAAAAUGAAGAAGGCCGGUUUUGAUGACGUUAUGACACACAUUAUGAAAGUGCCGAUGAACCCAUGGCCGAAGGACCCAAAGCAGAAAGCCAUUGGUCGAUAUAUGCAGUUUGAACAGGAACAAGCGGCCCCCGGUUACACGAAUGCCUUACUGAGCCGGAUAUUGGGUUGGAGUAAGAAAGAGAUCGAUAUACUCUUGGCUCAUGUUAUCGGUGAACUUCGAGAUCGAAGCAUUCAUCAAUAUGCAAUGGCUUAUCUUGUUUAUGGCAGAAAACCAUGA